CGUCUCCUCUACCAAGACUCCAGUUCCCUCUCUCCUUGCUGCAGAGUGAUCUCAUCCACCCGAUCUUGCCAUCGACAGUUUUCAUACAUAUUUCUAGGCGUUAAGACAUCUUGCCUCGGUGGAGCUGGUUCUCCCCCUUCACUCUCUUCCAAUAAUUCUAUAGUCAGUUCGUUCGUUCUUGUCCUGGUUGACGAGACAACGUCCUUGCCCACAGCAGACAUGGCUCCUCUGGCAGCAGACAUGUCUUUUGACUUCACUUUCCCUUCUUGCGAGCCGGUCACCCCGCCGAGCUUUUCCUUUGAUCCGUCUCUGCUUGAGAUUCAAUACAAUCCCGGGCAUGCUCGCACAGGCUCGUAUAGUUCAAUAUGUUCCACCGCCGAGACGUCGCCCUCCGACUCGGUUAGCACGCGCGUCACUACACCUGCGCGCUCCCCGCCACCAAUUCGCCAACAUGGCCCUAUCUUACUACCCAAGAUUCGCUCUCAAGACCAGACUAUCGAAUCCCCCGCCAAGCGUGUGAGGAGAUCGCCUGCUGCUUCUGUCCCUAAGCCUACACGGAAAGCGAGCAUCCGCCCAACUCACACUCGGAGCUUCACGAACCCGGAGUCGCUGAGCUUCAGCAACUCUUUCUUCGGCCCAGUCGAAGACCAACAAGUCGCUUUUCCAUCUUCUCUCCUCGGCUCACCAAUCUCCUAUGCGCAGGACAAUAUGCAGGCCCAGCGCGCAUCCAGCGCUGGACCCGAAAACUUCGGGCUUGAUAAUUUCAGCUUCGCUACUUACCGCCAAAUGCCUUCAUAUACCCCAGCCGUUUCGCAGUCACCACCUCAAGCUGAGCAAUUCAUGUAUGGAUAUGCGCCUAGGGCCCCUUCACCCUUCAGCUUGUGUUCAACGCCGGACCCCACGCCAUCCACAACCCUCAUGAGCUAUCUGACCACAUCCAACCCGGCCCCUUCAUUGGUCCGGUCUAUCUCAUUCCCUCUUCGGGACCCCAACACCAAGCACUUUUGGUGGGAUGUGCGGCAGAUCCGCCAAUGGUCCGCUUUCAACCUUACUACCAUUCUCUCUUUGCCCGGCGCUUCUGCCCUCCUCAACUGCCCCGUCCCGGCCCCCCUUCUUCCCCAACCUUCUACCAAUGCGCGCCAUCCUGAGACAGAGGCAGCAUUGCACAACAUCUACGCAUCCUACUACAUCCCCAAGCUCAACUCGGCUCUCGCGAUCUCAUCACAAAGGGCUCUUCAGUUCUCAGUUCCCAGCACAAAACACACCCCAUCAUCACCCAACGACCACCUCAUUGUUGCCAAUCUGGCCGGUGAGUCGUCAACGGCAGCCGCCAUCUUCGGUGGAAAGCCAACUGCCCGGGUCGUAGGACUAGUCAAAUCCUUUGACCGAUUCAACACUGGAAUGCGAGUUGAAGGCAACAUCAAGCGCGUGGAAUACUUGCGCGGACUGGCCCACUUGCAUCAUGUAAUGCGUGAGCACGGCACCCGCUACGGCUUCAUUCUCACUGAGAUUGAGCUGGUGUUGGUCCGUAAUGGCGCUGAAGGAACGCCCCACUUCGGCUAUCUAGAAGUGACCAGCGUACAGCUCGCCGCCGCGGGGUCCGACGUUGACGGUGAAGAUGAGACCACUCCACUCACCGCAUGCCUUGCACUUUGGGGUCUGUGCAUGUUGGCCGGCGAUGAGCCAACACCGGGACAUGCGCCGUGGAAAGCUGAAAUCGGCGCCCCUGCCGAGGGGACUCGUCGCAAGGCACUAGCUCGUGACGAUUGGAUGCCACAGCCACAACUUGCCGAGAAGCGGGAAGCUAAGCGCGCUAGGGGUUGGGUGUUACCAGAAGAUCCUGUCGGUAGGAAGGAGUUGGGUAAGCGGGGUGUGCGAUAUGGCGCAUGCUAAAUUUUCUAUGCCAUCUAUGAACAGCCUGGGCUGGCUCCUAGGCAUUUCCAAGUAUCUAAGGCGUUGUACAUAGAUACCCCCACCUAUCCACUUAAUGGGUUUUCCUUGGGUUUCAAGUUCGAGGUCCGGGAUUAGGAUAGGGCAUGGCUUAUGAAUGAUGAGGAUAGGUAAAGAAAGGAUUA